AUGGCUAAUGAUGACAUUAAAGACCGGUUUUACGAAGAACUAGAACUGGUAUACGAUCUAAUACCUGAAUAUGACGCUAAGAUCGUACUAGGGGAUUUCAAUGCCAAAAUUGGACAAGAAGAAAUCUUCACACCGACUAUUGGUCGGCAUAGCAAGCACAAAGAGUCUAACGGGAAUGGAAUUCGACUGGUGAGCUUUGCUACCCUAAAGUCGCUAGUAGUGAAGAGUACAAUGUUCCCCCACAAAAACAUAUAUAAGGGGACAUGGAAGUCCCCUGAUGGAGUCACAGUCAAUCAAAUAGAUCAUGUGUUAGUUGACAACCGACACAAAGCUGUCAUAGAAGAUGUGAGGUCCUUUCGUGGUGCCGAUGUCGAUAGCGACCACUACAUGCUCGGCAUAAAAAUUAAAGCUAAAAUCAAAGCGAUACGUAAGACCGAUAGACCAGGUCAACCAGUCAUGAACACAGAGAAUCUGAAAGAUGAAGCUGUACGGAGGACUUUUCAGCUUGAGCUGCAUAAUAGAUUUAAUGGUUUAGAGGCGCAAGACGAUGUGGACGAGGCUUGGGUAGAAGUAAGGGACAUCGUUAAGGAGGUUGGACUGAAGGUGAUAGGAAAGAGAGGAAGUUGCAAGAAGCGGAAGUGGUGGAGCAAGGAGUGUGACAUGGCAAUGGAAGAAAAGCGGAGACUCAGGGCACUGUCGCUACAAGACCACAAAUGGGAGAUCGAAUACACUGAGAAGCGCAACUUCCUAAGGAACCUGAUCAGGCAGUGCAAAAGAAAACAUCUAGAAGACCAACUGAGCCAAGUAGAGACGUUAAUGAGAUCAAAUGCGAGCAGGAAAUUUUACCAGGAAGUAAGGGCGGUCAAGAAAGGCUAUCAACCAACAGUCCAGUUCCUUGAAGAUGAUGCAGGAAACCUCAUCUCAGACCCAUCAGAGAUGCGAAAUGAGUGGCGACGGUAUUUUGAAGGGUUACUCAACUGCCCACCUGUUGAAACUGACAUUAAUGUACCAGAGGAUACUUCACACAGUACACAAACUGAAAUACCUACUUUUGAAGAGGUGAGAAAGGCGAUAAUGAGGCUUAAGAACAAUAAGUGUCCGGGUGUUGAUGGUAUACCAGCAGAAAUAUGGAAAUAUGGGGGGGGCAGUGCAGUCUAG